GCAUAUUUUAUGCUAAUGAGCAGGUGCAGCGGUUCUUAAGGCGCGCGACGGGCCGCCGGAGGAUGAGCCGAUGGAGCGCCGCGUGGAGUCCAGUCGGAGGGUUUUCACCAGGUGAUCCCGACUGGUUCCCUGACCGGAUCACGAAUGGAUCCCGAUUUAUUCACGCGCAGCUGGAAGAGGCCGCCUCACUCUUUAAUAACUGUUUACGUCAUCCUCAUUUAUCAAGCAAAUCUUUCCAAAGGUGUUGAAAGAUCAAACGAUUCAAACUGGGAUCCAUUAAAUAACGGGAGCAGCAGGAUAAAGCAUCAGAAAUGGGACACCGCUUCCCAGGGAGGGCAGAACCUGCACUCAGCUGCUUCUGCUUUAGAAACAAACACUUCAGCCUCCAGGCGAUCACUGGUUAGCGGGACUGUUGCAUCCAAUCUGACGUCUGCCAGGAUAGAGAGGACACAAAACGACUUGUGGAGCCAAAACGUUGACCAAUCAUCUGUACCGUUGAUGAGUAAGUCAUCCUCAAUAUCAACAACUGGCAGCCAAGAUGUGGAGAGCGAUACAGAAAAGAACCCCCAUCCGUCCCUUCAGUCAGUAACUGAGACUAGACACCCAACCAGCGGUCAAUUACAGGUCAGCACUACCUCAUCUAAUUGGCUACCAACUAAGACUGCAGAACUAAACCAAUCCCAAACCAAUCUGUCAACCAAUCAACCACCAACAACUAGUCAAUCAAUAAAAAUCACUACACCAACCAAACAAUCAUUGACUGAGAACGGACCAUCAAACCAAUUCCAGACCAGAUCUGGUCCGCCUACUGCUGUGAUUACACAGUACAACCAGUCAGACAUUAGCCCAGUGCCACACACUCAGCAAAGGUUGACAACAGCGUCAACGAGCCAAACAACUGACCCAGUCCAAUCCCAAACCAACCCAAUGACCAGCCAGUCCCAAGACAUUGGACAAGCCAGUCAAUUGAAACACACCACAGAGAAUAUCAGUCACUCAUCAAGCAGCCCAGUUUCAGCUGGUCUGUCAUCAACAACAACUCGAAUCAGCCCAGUACCGCCGUUCAAACAACACUCAACAGCAACACCAACCAACCAAGCGACAGAGACAACUCAGUCAGACGAAACCCAAACUGGUCUAGUUUCACGUUUCCAAUCUCAAACAACCAGCCAGUCAACAAUAAGUACUGGACUGACCAGUCAAUCAUCAGGCAUAGCAACAGAAACUAGUAAGUCAGGUGACGCCUCAACCAAGACUGUGAAAAUCAGCCAAACACAGAUCAACGUUGUGCCUUUAACCCAAAACCCAACAACCACAACAUCUAUCAGUCAAUCAUCUACAGAAGCAUCGAGCCCUUCAGAAGUCAGCCCAGUAACAAAGCCCAAACAACAGUCAACUAGCCAAACAACAGAGACAAUUCAGUCAGACGAAACCCUAGCCGAUCUAGUUUCAAGUAUCCAAUCUCAAACAACCAGCCAGUCAACAGUAAGCAGGGGGCUGACUAGUCAAUCAUCAAGCAUAGCAACAGAAACUAAUAAAUCAACAAGCAGCACAGCUAAGACUGUGAAAACUAGCGAAUCAGAUGUCAACGUCAUGCCAUUCACCCAAAACCCAUCGACCACAACAUCUACCAGUCAAUCAACUAUAGAACCAAAUAGCCCACUGUCAGCCACCAAAGUGACUUCCAAACCAACAACAACCACUGUUGCAUCAAUUAGUCAAACAAACCAACUGCCCACUAAAAUGACACCACACAACAAAGAUGGACCACCCACCCAACCACCAGCCACCAAAGCAUCAAUCAGUCAAUCUCCCAUCACAACAACCCAAAACAACAAAUCAGCGACUUCCAGAGAACCAGCAAAUCAGUUGUCAACCAACACCGCAUCUGUCAACAAGGGAAUAAGACCUACUGGACAAAUGCCCAGCAUUGCCUCAUCAGAAAACCAGUCCCUAGAUAGAAUAACACAAACCACUCAGUCUUCAACCACAUCGGUAAUGUCCAAACCAUCAAAAAGUAUAGCACCAACCAAACCAACAGAUCCCAAACCAUCCCAAUUGCAAGACAGUGCUACUGCACCAGUUCACCCUGCCAGAAAGACAAAACACCCCAUCCAACAAGUAGAGAGUACAACAUUAGCCAGAAAGUCGCCUGAAAAACAAAUACCUGCUCAAGCACAGUCCAGAAAAUCAUCAUCUAAAAAGACCGGAUCAAACCAUUCCCCGAUAAUCACAGCAAAAUCUAGACAAUCAGUGGAAGGUACAGAGCCCGUUAGCCAAUCAGCAGUCAAUAAAUCACCUCCCAGGCUCUCAUAUCCAGAUGGCAUUACAACAAAAUCAGCCCAACUGUCAUCCAGCCAAACAUCACCGAGCCCCUCAGCUACUUCAUCACAACCAACAAGCCAGUCCGAUCUCACGACAUUUUCUAGCCAAUCUCCAGCUACUUCAGCUCCAGCUGAUCAAUCAGUGACAAAUUCGGUGGCUUUAGCACACACAUCUCACAACCGGAUGUCAAAUAAUCAAACCCUGGUAAACUCAGACCAGUCACUGAAUGGGUCUUUACUGCUAAACCAACUGGCAACUGGUUCAACAAUGGCAGGAAACCUGGCUGCCUUUUCACCAGAUGAUCGGCCGGUUAAUGUCUCGCUGCUCACCAGGAAGGCAAAGGAGACCCUAAAGUCUUCAAAACGUAGAAUACCAGGGGAGCCAUGUGAGUAUCCCUGCCUUAAUGGAGGACAGUGCUAUUUGACAGAGUCAUGUGACUGCAGCUUGUUUCAGGCCACUGGACACAGAUGUCAGACAGUCCCAAAUCUCGGCUUUGAGAGGGAGAUGACCUGCAGGACGUGGGGUCAGUACAACUUUGAGACCUUUGACGGUCUCUACUUCCACUUCCCUGGCCGAUGCACGUACACGCUGCUGCGGGACUGCGAGGAAACCACCCAGGGCAGCAUUGUUGUCCAGGUCCACAAUGACCCAAACUGCGGCUCGGCUCCCUACGCCUGUCAGCGGUCCGUUAGCCUCUUCCUGCCGUGGGACGGCGAGAUACAACUCCACGCCGCCAGCGUUACCUUCAAAGGUCAAAGUCUGCAGCUUCCUCAUCACAUCCAUGAGCUGCAUCUGGAGCAGAUUUCCCAGUAUGUGCUGGUGACGCAGCAGCAGGGCUUCACGCUGGCCUGGGAGGGGCGGAGCGGAUCGGUCUACAUUAAACUCAGCCCGGAGUUUGUGGGCCGGACCUGCGGCCUGUGCGGAAACUUCAAUGCAGACAUUCAGGACGACCUGAAGACGAGCUACGGUGUGCUGACUCCAGACGUAGAGAUGUUUGGGAACAGCUGGAUGGAGAUGGAGCCGCACCAGGACCGAUGUCCCCAUGUUCCCUCUGCGUUCCCGUCGCCCUGCGCUGGUGUUGAAACUCAAAUCCUCCUGAAAGUGGAGGAAGUGUGUGCGGCGCUGCUGGACCCGCCUUUCCAGAGCUGCCAUGACUUUGUGAGCCCGCUGUCCUACAUGGCCAGCUGCUCCAACGACCUCUGCAUGUCGGGUCCCAGCGGCGAUGUGGUAUGCCAGGUGUUCAGCGAAUACGCUCGAGCCUGCGCCCAUGCUGACCACCCACUGCACAACUGGAGGCAGCGCAUUCCUCAGUGUGUGAAGCAGUGUCCUCUGGGGCUGCAGUACAGGGAAUGCAUCAGCUGCUGCCCAGAGACAUGCAACCUGGAGCGGACAUGCAUAGACAGCAAGCUGGCCUGCUUAGAUGGAUGCUACUGUCCUGAAGGUCUGAUUUAUGAGGAAGGGAGUUGUGUGGCCCCGGCUGACUGUCCCUGUGAAUACCACGGCAUGUUUUAUCCCUCUGGACAAACUCUGCAGGAAGAAUGCAACAACUGCACAUGUGUGGGUGGAGUGUGGAACUGCACCGACCACACCUGCCCAGGGGAAUGCUCGGUUACAGGCGAUAUGUACUUCCAGUCGUUUGACGGGAGGAUCUUCACCUUCCCUGCGACAUGUCAGUAUGUCCUCGCCAAAAGUCGCAACUCAGGGAAAUUCGCCGUCACCAUCCAGAACGCCCCCUGCGGAGCCAAUCUAGACGGGGCCUGCAUCCAAUCAGUUAACCUGGUCAUUGACGAGGAUCCAAGGACUGAGAUCACACUGAGUCACGUCGGCGAGGUCUUCAUGGCCGGCCAGUACCGCGUCUCGCUGCCCUAUUCUGACGACAUCUUCCACAUCCAGGAGCUGUCGUCCAUGUUCCUCCAGGUGAGGACGGCGUUCGGCCUGCAUCUGCAGUACAGCUGGACGGAGUUUCGUCUCUACCUGCAGGCCGACGAGACGUGGAAAGACGACACGGUGGGGCUGUGCGGCACCUUCAAUGGCAACACUCAAGACGACUUCCUAUCUCCCUCAGGAAUGAUCGAGAGCACCCCUCACCUGUUUGGAAAUGCCUGGAAGGUGUCGUCAGCCUGCUCCCUCAGCCUGAGCUCGCCUCCGCUCGACCCCUGUGACACCCACCAGCAGGCCGUGACCUACGCGUCGGAGAUGUGUGACGUCCUGAACCAGGACCUGUUCGCCGCCUGUCAUGAGUACCUCAGCCCAACGCCGUUCCACCUGCAGUGCCGCGCAGACACCUGCCGGUGCGGCACGCCCUGCCUCUGCUCCGCCCUGGCUCACUACGCUCGGCACUGCCGCAGGUUCUCCUUCAUCAUCGACUUCCGAGCGCACGUAUCGGACUGUGCUGUCACCUGUCCUGCCACCAUGCAGUAUGGCACCUGUGUGUCGGCCUGCCAGCGGCGCUGCUCCUCCCUGUCCGUCCCGCAGCACUGUGGGGGCGACUGCGAGGAGGGCUGCGUCUGCCCCCAGGGCUCCUUCUACAACCACCGAACACACACCUGUGUGCACAGGUCCGAGUGUCCCUGCAGUUUCCUCGGAGCCGACUACGAACCCGGAGACGUGAUCUUGACAUCAGCAGGUGUUCAACUGUGUCUUAAUGGUAAACUGGUUCCCCAGACUGGAGAAACUGACAGGCUUUGCCCACCGGGUCAGCUCCACCUGAACUGCUCAGAUGGGGAGAACAGCCAAUCAGCAGGAAGGGGCGUGGCCUGUGAGCGCACCUGUGAGUCCUACCUGCUGAACAUCACCUGCUCUGCGCAUGAGCCCUGCGUCUCUGGCUGUGCCUGUCCGCCUGGGUUACUGAAACAUGGGGAUGAGUGCUUUGAGCCUGAUGCCUGCCCCUGUUUGUGGAAAGGGAAAGAAUAUUUCCCUGGCGACCGAGUUUCCUCCCCCUGCUACCAGUGCGUUUGCCAACACGGGAUGUUCCAGUGUGUGUUUCGUCCGUGUCCGUCCAUGUGCACGACUUACGGUGACCGCCACUACAGGACGUUCGACGGACUGCUGUUUGACUACGUCGGGGCCUGCAAGGUCUAUCUUGUUAAGAGCAGCGCUGAUGUGAUGCUGAGCGUUUUGGUGGAGAACGUCGACUGCUUCGACAGUGGAAUCAUCUGCAGGAAGUCCCUUCUGAUCAACAUCCGCGGAUCCUUCAUAUCCUUCGACGACGAUUCUGGAAAACCAAAUCCGUCUAGUGUGAUCGACAGGAAGCAGCAGAUGUUCAUCUGGCCAGCUGGAUAUUUCACAAUAAUUCACUUCCCAGAAGAAGACGUGACGGUGCUGUGGGACCGGAAGACAACGGUUCACGUCCAGGUUGGCCCCCGCUGGCAGGGGAAACUCAGCGGCCUGUGUGGGAACUUUGACCUGAAGACGAUCAACGAAAUGCGGACGCCUGACAACAUCGACUUGCCGACGCCGCAGGAGUUUGGAAACAGCUGGACGGCCAUGGAGUGUGUGAACAGUCCAGACAUCAGACAUCCUUGCAGCCUCAGUCCUCUCAGGGAGCCCUUUGCAAAGCGUCAGUGUGGCGUCCUGCUCAGUGAAGUCUUCCAGACCUGCCACCCGGUGGUGGAUGUCACCUGGUUCUACAUGAACUGCCUCGCUGACACAUGCGCCUGCAGCCGCGGCGGCGACUGUGAGUGUUUCUGCACCAGCGUGGCAGCGUACGCAGGGCGCUGCUGCCAUGAGGGCGUUCCUAUCGACUGGCGCUCGCCGUCUCUCUGCCCAUAUGACUGUGAAUUCUACAACAAAGUUCUGGGUAAAGGUCCGCUCAGGCUCUGGACCUUCUGGGAUCAGACGUCUCUGCUGGCAGCCAGCCGGUCCAGCGGCUUCGUGUUCCUGCAGCGGGUCAACACCAGCGCCAGCGCCGCUCCUGGGAUCCUCUCAGAGUUCAUGAUGACGCCGGGCCUCAGCAGAGCUCGGCCACACGAUGCAUCGCGGGUUUCCUUUGAAGCCGUCGACAGACCGAACUACUUCCUGCACGCGAGCGCCAGCGGCCAGGUGAGGCUGGCCAAGUGGGAGGGAAGUGAUGCAUUCUGGGACGGAGCCACCUUCGUCCUCCACAGGAACACCUGGAUCUCGGGCUACGACUCGCUGGAGUCGCACGCCAAACCCGGCUUCUUCCUGCACGCCACGCCGCCACGCCUCCACCUGCUCAAGUUCAGACACAGCUACGGUUUCCGCAAGGCGUCGCUGUUCAGACUGACGGGCCCCAGCCCAGACACCCCUCCGGGUCCUCGCUGCCAGUGGAGGUACGACUCCUGCAUCAGCCCCUGCUUCAGGACCUGCAGCGACCCCUCCGCCGACUCCUGCGUCACCAUCCCACAAGUAGAGGGCUGCCUUCCUGUCUGCCCCCCAAACACGGUCCUGGAUGAAAUCACCCGUCGAUGCGUUCAUGUUGAAGACUGCAUUCGGCUCCCAGAUUCAGUGGCUCCUGCGUCGCCGUCCACAGCAGCUGAACGUUAUGAUGUCACCACAUCGUCCACAGCUCCACACACACCCCACGCUGUGAAAAUCCCCACCAGCGCUGCUCCCAGUGCUACUACCGGGAGCAAAUACUCCACCUCAUUCACAGCUGCCCCUGAUGAGCCGGCCCGCCCGGAAACUGUAGUUACAUCUGCAACUCCUGAGCCGUCCAGAACUCUGUCUGGGCCAACGGCACCCUCUGCUGUCAGGCCAGAGGAAGUGGAGGCAGCUUCCACAGUCAGAGUAACUGAAACUCCUUCAUCAGCUGCAACAAGGUGGAUGACCAGGCUGAGCUCAUUCAGCCCCACCACGUCCAGAACAACCACUGGUCAUUUUGGCUCCUCCUCCACUAAACCGACCGACUCCCAGUACUCCCCGCUCACCAUCACUACAGUGUCUGCUGGGAGGCCGGCCACAAUCAGAACCUCCACGGUUGGCCCUCCACAUAAAGACGCGUCAGAAAGCUCAGGUUCAGCAGUUACUCAAACAACUUUGAGUUCAGUUUCUCCCCGAGUCUCAGGAACAUCUGCAGUAAGAGGCAGAACCACUGUCUCCAGUACAGCGACUACCUCCUAUAAAGCUGCACCAGUAGAGGGAAUGACAACAGCACCAUUUAUCCUGCCAGAACUACCAACCACAAGCUCUACAACAGCUUCUCCUGUUCCCACCUCGCCCACUAAAGAAGCAGGAAUUGGAUAUUCGUCAACAGCAUCGACAGAACCAUUCCAACCAGUCAGCUCUUUCACUACCAGUAAGGCAAUACAAACUGGAACCACAGAAAGGACCUUGCACAUCAUUCCUACUGAUCAUACAACUUCUUCAACUGUUUCUGUGUCAUCCACGACUGUCUACCAUGUUAAACCCUCUACAACUCCACCGUCUGCCUUCACUUCAGCUACUACAAGGUGGCAAACAUCAACCUUAAAGAAAGUCACAGCAUCUGAAAUCUCUACAGUCUCUACAACAACAGCCUCACCCAGACCUGCUGAGAUGACAGGCAGCACCGCUCCUUCUUGGUACAUGUCAGCUGCCUAUUCGGAUAAGACUUCCUGGUCCGCUGCUGCUCCAGUAACGGGGAAAACCACCUCCAGCAAGCUAACUUCAAGACCCCUUGUCGUCCCAGAAACAUCCACAAUGUCCACAGAUGUUCAGUUCACCACAAAACCCUCAACAGGAAUCACUACUUUACAACAAUCUCCAACCACACAGAGCACCACCCAUCCUCUGCACACUGAGCGAACCUCUGAGCCUCGGUAUCCCCCUCACUGGGAGGUCACCUCCACUUCCACUACCACCUACCGGCCGCCAAUGGAGACAACACCUGGGCUGCCCUCUGAAUCUCCUACCAUGUCUGCUAAAUCUCCUGAAGUUCCUCCUCUUCCAGUAACAUCUAGGACAGCAUCUACCUCUGCAGCCUCUACCACCACCACAGAAACAUCGGCUCCAGAAAGCGGAGCCACAACUACCAGGAAGCUGAUUACUCCACCUGUCGCCCUCUUCACCUCCAUCACUAGAGGACCGAGACCCUCCAGUCUUCACACCACUCUUAAGCCAAUCAUAGAGACUUCAAAACCAGUUAUGACCAGAGUGUCAACUACAACUACAAGCAUGUCUUCUCCGUCCUUGCAUUCGCUCCACACAACAACCUCUACAACAGCUCCAGAGGUAUCUACGGUCCUGGAGAAGGUCACGACCCGACUGGUGUCCUCUUCAAGAGCCACACCCACCGCUGUGAGGACAUCCACCCUUUCAGCAACACCCAGACUUCCUGCAACAUCUAGAGUUACUUCCAGAGCCACAUCGCCCGCAGUCAGGCCGAUCACCGCAAGGGUCACUGUUGCAACAAGACCUUCAGCUACCACUACCACAUCAACCGUGGUUGGCUCACCGGCUACUACAUCUCCAACCAUUGCAACAACAGCAAGCAGGGUUGGUCAUGUUGCCACAUCGGCAGCAAUUUCCCGUUUGACCACAACAGCAGCUCCAGUGGCUUCACCAUCAUCUGCAGCCGCCUUCACCAGAGAGUCAACCACAACCAAAGAAGCUGAAACAACAACAUCUCCGUCCCGACCUGAUGUCUUUGUCUCAACCCAGGAGCCUGGUAUUCCAGUUCCAACUACAACGCAUCAAGAAUCCACCACCGCUUUCCAAAACAUUUCUACAAGUCCAGGAUCGACAACAGCUUCGAGUUCUCCUCGCACAGCGGCUGCACCAACGAGUUCUUCAGUUCAGCGAUUAACGUCAAUGUCAGAAACUCCUGUAAGGACGUGCACCCCUCCGUAUGCCGAGAUAGUCGACGAAUGCACAAAGUACAUCUGUGUCAACAACCAACUGAUCCUGUUCAACAAAUCCCAGAGCUGCCCCUUCACAGCUGAGCCUCCAAACUGCGGCCUGCUUGGCUUUGCUGUUCUGGUCAACGGAGACAAGUGCUGCCCGAAAUGGGAUUGUCCAUGUCGCUGCUCGAUGUUCCCCGAUCUGAAUGUGAUCACUUUUGAUGGGGACAGCUUUGCCAUUUUCAAAGCUGCCUCGUACAUCGUUGCCCAGCUUCCCAACGAGACCCUGAGUGUCCUGAUUCAGGAAUGUCCGGCGGACUCUGACCGACCGCUCCUCUGGAAUUUCACCAACUUGUGUCUGGUUUCACUCAACAUUACACACAAAUCCAACCAGGUUGUCGUCGACAGACUGCAGAGGAGACUCUUUGUGAACUCGCGCUACGCCAAGCCUCGUUUUAAAAAGUACGGCUUUGAGAUCUACGACACGGGCAACAUGUACCUGAUCCGCAGCCCAGCCGGGCUCAAGGUGCAGUGGUACCACAGCACCGGCAUGAUGGUGAUCGACGCCGACGACGCGGGCAGCAAACUCCCCACCAUGGGCCUCUGUGGUUUCUGCGAUGGAGAUCUGACCAAUGACCUCACUCUGCCCAAUGGCUCGGUUUUGGGCGUAAGCCAGGACCCGGUUCUGUUCAUCGACAGCUGGCAGGUUCCCAACACCACCAGCUACGUCAGCUACAGCCGUCGGCGUGAACACAACUGCUCCACCAGUGACUGCUCCCACUGCCUGGCCAUGCUGGAGGACAACGCCUUCACGCCGUGCCACGCGUUUGUGCCGCCCAGCACGUUUUGUGAGGUUUGGGUGAGAGAUUCAGAGUAUGUGAACAACCAUUGUGUGGCUCUGGCUGCUUAUGUGGCAAUCUGCCAUAAAUUCAGUGUCUGCAUCGAGUGGAGGAGGCCGGAUUACUGCCCCUUCGUGUGUCCCGGCUCUCUGAGCUACCAGGCCUGCCUGCCGGCCUGCACAUCUCAGUCCUGUCCCAACCACGACUUUGACUCCGAUCCGGACCACUGCUCUGGCCUGACGGAGGGCUGCGUCUGCCCCGAGGGAACGCUGCUCCACCGGCCAUACUCGGCUCUCUGCAUCAGCCUUGAGAAGUGCGCCUGCACCGACAGCGGCGGCAUUCCUCGGUCGCACGGCGAGGUGUGGAAGGCCUCGCAGGACGGCUGCUGCAUGUACCGCUGCGACAACGACACCAUCGUUCCCGUGGAGUACGACUGCUCCAGCGCGCCGGCGCCGGUUUGCCACAGAACCGGGGAGAUGAUCAUCAGCAUGUCUGACGACACGAGCUGCUGCCCUCACAAAGUCUGCGUUUGUAACCAGACUCUGUGCGAUCGCUUCCCUCCUGAGUGUAAAUAUGGGGAAAAGCUGGUGUCGUACUUCAGACCAGAGUCCUGCUGUCCGGACUACGUCUGUGAGUGCGAUCCUGAGCGCUGUGAGUCUGAGCUUCCCGCCUGCAGAGACGACCAGACGCCGGUCGCCACCAGGGCCGACGGCAGCUGCUGCCUGGCCCACAUCUGCAUGUGCUCUUCCUGUGUGGAGAGGCCUCCUUCCUGCCGGGACGGUGAGGUGCUCAGCGUCGACAGCAACAGCACAGACCGAUGCUGCCCGUCCUACCAGUGCGUGUGUGAGCCCUACAGGUGUCCCCAGCUGACCUGUCCUGUUGGGAUGUCGGUCGUGUCCGUUUCCAGUCCAGAUCUCUGUUGUCCCAACCAAACAUGCGUCUGCAGCUGUGAAAAGAUCGUCUCUCCUAAAUGUAGCCUGGGAGAAGCUGCACAGCUUGACCGGGCCUUCCUGUCCGACCCACAGAACCAAUGCUCCUGCAAGAGAUACAAGUGUGUGCGCGAGGGCGUGUGUGUGUUCGGCGAGCGCGGACUGCUGCGGCCGGGCCAGACGCUUGUGGAGCACGGAGACGACGGUUUGUGUUACAGUCGCCACUGCAGCCAGGUUCUGGACCCGGCGAGUGGAUUUUACCUGCUGCGCAUUUCCACGGUGAACUGCUCGGCCCACUGCCACCCGAAUCAGAUCUAUGUUCCUCCUAAGGACCAGUCAACCUGCUGCGGCGAAUGUAAAAACAUCUCCUGCAUCUAUCAACACGAGAACGGGACGGUCGGCCUCUAUAAGCCUGGAAGGUCCUGGGUGUCAAACUGCAAGAAGUUCGACUGCUCCGACACGUCAUUCGGACCGACCCUGAUCUCCUACUCUUACAGCUGCCCCCCCUUCAAUGAGACGGAGUGCAUGAAGAUCGGAGGAACCGUCGUUAGCUACAUGGACGGAUGCUGCAAGACGUGUAAAGAAGACGGAAAGUCGUGUCAGAAAGUGACGGUGAGAAUGACGAUCAGGAAGAACGACUGCCGCAGCAACCGGCCGGUGAACAUCGUGUCCUGCGACGGGAAGUGUCCCUCCGCCAGCAUCUACAAUUACAACAUCAACACCUACGCUCGCUUCUGUAAGUGCUGCAGGGAGACGGGGCUGCAGCGACGCUCCGUGCAGCUCUACUGCAGCAGCAACGCGACCUGGGUCAGCUACAGCAUCCAGGAGCCCACCGACUGCUCCUGCCAGUGGUCCUAGGCUCAAACACUCACCUUUAGCAGCCCAGGCCUCACCUGCACCAGGUGUGUGAGGCCUGAAGGUGCUCAUGGAGAGGACAGCUUGGCGUUGGGACUGUGAAUAACACCACUGCAAGGUGCUGGGAGGAUGCGAAAGGCGGCUUCUCUGUUCUGUGCUGAUCAGUCAGUAUGUGUAGUACCUCUGCCGGCAGGGAGGUGGAGCUGUGGAGCACAGAAGCAGAUGCAACCAGGACCCACGCAACAAUAGCGCCGAUAUUCUCAGUUAAUUUGUGACUACAGUCAAAACUUAUUAAAGCAACACUUUCUGUAGGCUUUCAAAUAACCAAUUUUACUGGUGGAACUAGAACACACAGAUAUCUGGUUAAUAUCUUGUUGGUUCCUGCUGCUUUGCUCUGUUCCCACCUCCCUGCCCUCACAGGGACGUGCCAAUUAGAAAAAUAUUUUUAAAGAGCAUCCUGCCAUCUCUGCCUCACUUAUAAUUUCACAAGAACUAUCAGGAAAAAAGUGUUUUUAUUCAGAGAACUCCUCCCAGCUCAGUUUUGACCAUUUCAUUUUUAAAUUUGACCCAAAACGUUGCAUGUUGUCUUUUGUAAAUAACUAAAUUCAAGUGCUCUUGAAAUUCUUUGCAGUGCAUAAAUUAGAUUUCUCUCUCUCUGUCUCUUUUAGAAAGGCUGGCAUAAAAUGUAUAUUCUGCGAUGUGGAUUUUGUUUUCUGUAAUCAUCAUUAACUGACUGAAAUCCAGCUGUUUGUGGAGCACUUUAUUUAUUUAUUGGAGUUUGCUAGAACGCAGAAGUUCUGCUCUGUAAGACGUAUUCGACCCAAAAGGAGAAGAAACAGCAAGAUGUUUUUUAAAAAUGUUUGUGACCAACAGACUCCUGGACAGUUUAAGUUAAAGAGGAUUUGUAUCAUACAGAUGUACAUUUGACUUUUCAAUAAAUCUUUUGGACACUCAA